GGGAAGCACGAAGUCAGGAGUUAUUCGCGGGGGGGCUGCCGUUAUUUUUCAGUAUUACUUCAGACGACAAUGGAUGAACAGAAGCAACUUACUUUUGAUCCUGGAGAACAUCAGCACUUACGUUAUAACCCUCUCCGUGGCUCCUGGGUCCUGGUGUCAGCCCAUCGUAUGAAGCGGCCUUGGAAAGGGCAGGUGGAGAAACAGACAGAGGAUAAUGUUCCUCGAUAUGACCCCACUAAUCCACUCUGUCCUGGGAAUCAGAGGGCCAACAGGGAGGUGAACCCAGACUAUGACAGCACCUUCCUAUUUGAUAAUGACUUCCCUGCUCUCCAGCCAGAUGCCCCAGAUCCUGGUGCCGAUAACCAUCCUCUUUUUCAGACAAAAGCAGCCAGAGGGGUUUGUAAGGUAAUGUGUUUCCACCCCUGGUCUGAUGUCACUCUACCCUUGAUGGAGCUUGGUGAGAUCAGGAAAGUGAUUGACAAAUGGGCGGAGCUGAUUGAGGAGCUGGGGCGCACUUACCCCUGGGUGCAGAUAUUUGAGAAUAAAGGUGCCAUGAUGGGAUGUUCUAACCCCCACCCUCACUGCCAGGUAUGGGCCAGCAACUUCCUCCCCAAUGAGCCAAGCCUUGCUGACCGUUUCCAGAGGGAGUAUUUCAAGGAGCAUGGAGAGGUCAUGCUGGUGCAGUAUGCCAGGCUGGAGACUGAGAGACAGCAACGUGUGGUGGUGGAGAAUGAGCACUGGUUGGUGGUGGUACCAUACUGGGCCACCUGGCCCUUCCAGACACUCUUACUUCCUCGGAGGCAUGUGCUGCGACUGUCUGACCUCACCACAAAGGAAAGAGAGGAUCUGGCAUCCAUAAUGAAAAGACUCCUGACUAAAUAUGACAACCUGUUUGAGACGUCCUUUCCAUACUCUAUGGGAUGGCAUGGGGCACCCACGGGACCCCACCUCCAGGAGGAAAUGGGCCACUGGCAGCUCCACGCCCACUACUACCCCCCUCUACUGCGCUCAGCCACUGUGCGCAAGUUCAUGGUGGGGUAUGAGAUGCUGGCAAUGGAGCAGAGGGAUCUCACACCUGAGCAGGCAGCAGAGCGCUUGAGAAACCUUCCAGAGGAGCACUACAAAGCCAGAACUAGAAGAGGAGAUGGAGGGAAGGCAGUGUGAGAUGUACUCUUCCUUGAGAAUUUGUCGGUUUUACCCUGGUCUGCUGUUGGUUAUAAUAACUGCUAAACGUAAGUUUUAAAGUGUGGUUGAUUUAGGGGAAUUUGGAGUGAAUUGCAUUGGAAUAUGUCAUUUAUACCGAUCACAGGUAAAGUUUCAGAAUGAGACUGAACUGGACAGAAUAUAGUGAAUCACAAGAAUAUUUCUUCCUAACUCCAGGGAGACAUUGUGCAGCUGUGUGAAACAGUUGGAAUUGGAUUGGACCUGGGUUUCAGUCAUGAGUGGGAUGCUACUGUUGUACUCAAUAAACUAUUACACUGAACAUACCACUUACCACAAACAUACCACUCUCGGGAGCAUAAAAUGUAACUGUGACCUUAGAUAGGGACUUUUGUCUUGCAAAAUAAACAUAAUACAU